CAGUGCGCGUGCUCACUGCUGUGCUCACAUUGCUGCCGGCGUUCUGUGAACAAAGCUGAGUUCAAUCGAGGAGGUUCUGUUCGUUGUGCUGUGAGCUUUCUCGCUACCUGAAUUCAACUGCCUGUGCCUAAGGUGAUUCACCGCCAGCCUGAAGUAGAUGAUCUUUGCAGCCCAUGUAUUUGGUGUGAACACAGCGUGGACGCUAUACUGAUACUAGGUUGGCUUUCAACGUAUUUUCAAAGAGGAUUAUGAGUGGCCGAGCCAGAUCAAGAUCCAAACCCAAACGCAAAGAUGACCCAGGGUCUACUCAGCGUGUGGGUACACAGAAACCCAGGGUUGAGAAACCAAAACAAAAGGAGGCACCACCUGAGAGCCGGGAUAUGAAACCUGAACCUGGGAAGGAAGUGGAAGCACCACCUGCAGCUCAAGGACCAGACCUGAAAGCUGAUCUCCAGAAGCUGCCUCAGGCAGAGGCUGGGCGUGUAACUGGAUAUCACCCUGGUGUCAAGGGGAGAAAUCUGCCAUUUUUAGAGCCCAUUAAAAUGCCAAGAGCAGGUGAAAGACAGCCCCAGAUUUAAACAAGGACAAGCUGGAACAUGCAAACUACUCUUAUGUGGGGUACUUCACUGUUGAAAUUCUCUCAAUAAAGUUUUAUGAACUUUCU